GAGUGUCCCAAAUUCGCCAUCAUCGCUCUCGCCCUCGCCUUGCGUGUCACGUCAUUUUUUGUACAGAUAGGAAUUUUCUUUUUCACUUUUCAAGGCAUUUUCCACGUUUAAAUUAAUAAUAUUCUCCUCAGUAUCGCUGUGAUUGAUUGUUAUUUAUCGUAUUGUGUUAUCUUUGGCCAAUAUCUUUUUCAUACGACAGUGAAAUAUUGGAAAAAAAAAUCUUUCUGACAGCAAAACUUCCACGAUCACGACGGAAAGGAAAAGCAAAGAAAACAGCUGAGUUUUCAGCUUAAAUUAUGGUGUUGUCCUGCCAAUGUCCGCUAGACAUCGUUUUCCCGGCCAGGAGUCCGGUGACAGUGUAAUUACCUUUGUUAAUGUUGAAGAGGACGAGGAUAAGUAUCAGAAGAAGAAGACAGCCUGGUCAUUCAAACCAGCUCAAUUGACAGCUUCUAUUAAGGCUCUUGCGGGCUCACCAGCUGCUCCUGAGGCAGUCAAAGAGGCACCCAAGGAGGAAUCACCAGAUCCUCUGGAUUUUGACUGGUUGCGCGGGGAAGAAGAGGAAUUAAUCGUGAUGACGGCGAGAGACAGAACACUGGAAUUUUCCAAUGCCAUCCGCUCGAUGCAGGGCAGGAAUAUUGCACGGGCAGUGAAUAUUCGGGAUCCGCGGAAGGCUAAGCAGAUGCAGAGCUAUUCGGAAUUUAUGAUGGUGGCCAAGCAGAUUGGUAAGAACAUUGCCAGUACAUACACAAAAUUGGAGAAAUUGACGCUUCUGGCCAAGCGGAAGUCUCUGUUUGACGAUAGACCAGUGGAAAUUCAGGAGUUGACGUACAUCAUAAAAGGGGACUUGAAUUCGCUCAAUCAGCAAAUUGCCAAGUUGCAGGAUAUCGGCAGGAGUCAGAGACGGUCCAGCAGCGGGAAACAUCUGUUGUCACAUUCCUCAAACAUGGUCGUGGCUCUUCAGGCCAAAUUGGUCAACAUGAGCAAUGACUUCAAGCAGAUCCUGGAAGUGCGCACGGAAAAUCUCAAGCACCAAAAGACACGUAGGGAUCAAUUCAGCCAGGGACCGGUUACCAAUUCCCUGCCACCUUCAUCCAUGCGGGGAUCAACCCAAGGGAGCCUUCUGCUGAGCGAACAGGAUGAUGAUUCGGUUCACAUUUCUCUGGGAGACAAUGCUUCGGCAUCGCAGCCUUUGCUUCCGCGUCAGCAAAUGCAGCAGCAACUUAUGCUGUACGACGAAUCGGACAAUUAUGUUCAGCAACGAGCUGAGACAAUGCAGAACAUCGAGAGUACGAUUGUGGAAUUGGGCGGGAUCUUCCAGCAACUGGCUCACAUGGUGAAGGAGCAGGAGGAAAUGGUGGAACGGAUUGACAGCAAUAUUCAAGAUACUGAGCUCAAUAUUGAAGCGGCUCAUGGGGAGAUCCUCAAGUAUUUCCAGACAGUCAGCAAAAAUCGCUGGCUCAUGAUCAAGAUCUUCGGGGUGCUCAUACUAUUCUUCAUCUUCUUUGUGGUCUUUAUGGCGUAGCCCAAAUAUUCUCUACAACAGCAUCCUUGUAAAUGUUGAUGAAAAUAGAAGGGGAUUUAUUUAAAAGA